GUGGAUAAAGUUCGAGGAGAAGGUGGAGGAUGGCGGGGGGCGCUGGAGUGUGCCCCACAUCCCAGCCCUCUCCCUGCACAGCCUCUUCCAGCUGAGGACGUGCCUGCAGAAGGGGACGAUGCUCCUCGAUCUGGAUGCCUCCAGUUUCAAGGAAAUAAUCGACAAGCUGGUUUCUGGGCAGCCUGAGGAAGCAGAGCUGCAGCCAGAGCUGAGGGAGCGCCUGGCAGCCCUUCUACUCCGCCAGCCACGGCACCAGCCCACCAUGCACCAGUUAUUUGCUUGCACACCUAUUUUGCCGCUUGCUCCCUUUGCAGGGAAGGCCAAAAGCUGGUCUAAGCCCAGAGCCCAGCUCUCUGAAACGCCUCUUAAGGAGCAGCUGAGAAACCGUUUUAAGAAGAAGGUCCCACCAGGGGCCGAAGUCGCCCAUGUUGCCGUCGGUGAAGUUGAGUUCCUGGAGAAGCCCUUCAUCACCUUCAUCCGCCUCAGGCGAGGGGUAGCCCUUGGCUCGCUGGCCGAAGUCGCUCUCCCCAGCAGGUUCCUCUUUAUUCUGCUGGGUCCCCGAGAAAAAGUGAAAGCCUACCAUGAGGUUGGCAGGGCCAUGGCCACGCUGCUGACGGAUGAGCUCUUCCAAAGGGUUGCUCGGCAGGCUGAGCACCGAGAGGACCUCAUCGCAGGGAUGGAGGCGUUCCUGGAUGAGCUGACUGUGCUUCCUCCUGGGAAAUGGGACCCCAGUGCCAGAAUUCCUCCACCAAGCUGUCUGCCAUCUCCUCACAGGAGGACCACUGUGCACCCACCAGAUCGGCAGUCCCACGGCAAUGGGGACAUGGCAGCAGCUGGGGACAGAGCCAUUCUAGGGCACCUGCACUCCAGGGAGGAGCUGGAGAGGACAGGCAGGCUUUUUGGAGGGCUGCUGCGAGACAUUCGGAGGAAGGCACCGUGGUACGGCAGCGACUUCUCCGACGCCCUGCACCCCCAGUGCCUCUCGGCAGUGCUCUACAUCUACCUGGUGACGGUCACCAAUGCCAUCACCUUCGGGGGCAUGCUGGGGGAAGCGACUGACAACAUGCAGGGGGUGCUGGAGAGCUUCUUGGGCACGGCCUUUGCUGGCUCCAUCUUCUGCCUCUUUUCUGGCCAGCCUCUCACCAUCCUGAGCAGCACCGGCCCCGUGCUGGUCUUCGAGCGCCUCCUCUUCUCCUUCAGCCAGGACCACAGCCUGGACUACCUGGAGUUUCGCCUCUGGAUUGGGCUCUGGGUGGCCUUUUUUGGCUUGGUUUUGGUAGCCACUGAGGCCAGCCACCUGGUGCAGCACUUCACCCGCUUCACUGAGGAAGGCUUCUGCGCCCUCAUCAGCUUGAUAUUCAUCUAUGACUCCCUGAAGAAGAUGCUGAGCCUGGCUGAUGCCUUCCCCAUCAACUGGCAGUACAGGCUGGACAAUGUCACCUCCUACAACUGCAUCUGCAACUUGUCCAGCCUUGGUCACAGCUCUGCAGGGAAUGACACACCACUGCCCUUGCCCCUGGCUACCCAGCAGCCUCCCACUGCCCUGGCUGAGCUGAGCAGGACCCAGUGCCUGGGUCGAGGUGGGUACCUCCUGGGGACCAGCUGCCAGUAUGUGCCCGAUAUCACCCUCAUCUCCUUCCUGCUCUUCGGGGGCACCUUCCUCUCCUGCACCAUGCUCAAGUGCUUCAGGAGCAGCCGCUACUUCAGCAUCCUUCUGCGGAAGCUGGUGAGCGAUUUCGCCAUCAUCCUGGCCAUCCUCGCCUCCUGCGCUGUUGAUGCCACCCUGGGCCUGGAGACCCCUAAGCUCCUUGUCCCCAGCGAGCUGAAGCCCACGAACCCAGCACGGGGCUGGAUCAUCUUCCCCUUCGGAGCCAACCCGUGGUGGGUCUGCCUGGUGUCUGUGGUGCCCGCUGUCCUUGUCACCAUCCUCAUUUUUAUGGACCAGCAGAUCACAGCCGUCAUCCUUAACCGCAGGGAGUACAAGCUGCAGAAAGGAGCUGGCUUUCACCUGGACCUCCUCUGUGUCUCCCUCCUGAUGGUCACCAACUCCAUCACCGGCCUCCCCUGGUAUGUCUCAGCCACUGUCAUCUCCCUGGCGCACAUGGAGAGCCUGAGGAAGGAGAGCGCAACCUCAGUCCCUGGCGAGCACCCUGAGUUCCUGGGCAUCAGGGAGCAGAGGCUGACUGGCCUGGCUGUCUUCGUCCUCACAGGGUUCUCCAUCUUCAUGGCACCCAUUCUCAAGGUAGGGAGCCUGGCUGCUGGCUUUGGGCUCUUUUCCAAG